GCAGCGAUGCUGCGUGAAUCCCAGAUGAUGGAUGAAGCGCGUGACUGCUCCGCCAGGCAGGGGGGAGUGGGCUGUGCUGAGCACCCGCUCGGUGGGCACUAGACAUCCGGGCCUGGACAUGAGCUCCCAGGAAGCGCCGCGGGCCCGAAGGUUCCCCAUCGAGGCAGGCGACUGUCGCAGUGCGGCCGCAGCUUUGGAGUCACAGCAGCGGGUGGGCACUGCGUGGACUGCGGGCAGGCGGCUGCGGCGAUGCCCCGCCAACCACUGCCUGACGCUGCCCCACGUCCCCAUUGAUGUCUUCAUUGCCAUGGGAGGGAACUGCCGGCCACGCAGCACCUGAUGCCGCCGCACGCAGCCCGGGAGCAGCGAGGGACGCGGAUCCUUUAUGCACUUUGUAAAGAAAGGCCGUCCUACAGCG